UCCAUACCUCUUUCCCAGGAGUACUAAAUAUCACUCCGGAGUUCCUGCCGUAACGUCCUACCCAAAUGGACUUCGCUGCAAGUCUCGCUUGGGUCCAAAGAACUUGGGACUUCCGCAUCGGGUACAGCAUCACGCUGCGGUCACCUCCCCAGCAAAAGAAAGUCUUUCCGCUUCCAUUCUCAGCUCCUACCAUCGUCCGCUCGGUCAUCCUGAGAGUCCAACGUCAUGUUGGAUUUGACGCUGACAUUUAUGUCCGAAUGAGUCAAUGUCAUGAUGAGGUCAAAGCUGACCGCGCUUUCCAUUCAAAUUUCCUCGUGAGAGCGCUCGCUUCGCUAGGUUGCGAUUUAUUCGGAUGCCCGGUCGAAGGGAUGUCGAUGGUGAGAACGAGAGAAAAGCUCGGAGAACGGCAUGAACAACCAACAUCGUCCUCAUCGGUGCCGGUAGAUCGUAAAUUCGAUUUCGACAAGGAGCUAUAUCGAUAUCAAGGAUCGCGUUCAAAUGAAAAACCCGAAAUCUCCCCCGGUACCGACGUAGACGAAAGGCAAUAUACCGUGUUGUAGAAUGCGCUAGCCGUUGAAUAUGAAUGACAGAAAGAUUAAAGUUUUAACCCAUGCGUUGCAAAUGUCGCCCGUUUUGGGGUGGAGAAAUACAAGGCCGAUGCCUGCUGCAGCCAGCUGUGAGUCACAGUACAGAAGCUCCGCGAGAAACACGAUGAACAGAAACCCGACAAGCGUUUCCGUCCAAUCCCCGGAGACCUUUCCUCCUUUGUCCUCGGCGCACUGAUGUGACGAAAGAGCAGUAGGAUAGGUUCCAAAAGGUAAGAAGAUGUACAAUCAGGUAAAGGACCUUUCUCGCAAACGAAGUAUACGCCGACCACUUCUCAACAGUUGGGAGGAAAGGAAUUCGCCCUGUAAUUUACAUCAUGGUACUGAAGAUAUAGAGAAACGGGCGUGGGCGUGUCGUAAAAGAGCAAAGGCCUAUGAGGGACCGACGGUCCAGGCUAG